AUGGCGAAUUCUGAAGUAGGGACAAAAACAGGAACAGUGAAAGCAGAGACAAGCAUAUACAGACAGAACUCUAUUUCAGGCAGCUCUUAUCAGUUGGAUUUACCAAUCGUUGAGUCUUCUUCAUCACUUGUGGAAGAUUUGCACAAGUCAAGAAAAAUACUUGAUGGUUACAAAGAGAGUAGAAAAGAUUCAGAGUCUGCAAAAGCAAGAGCUGAAGUGGAACUUUCCAAGGCAAUGGAGUUGGUAAAGGAGCUCACAUUACUGAUAGAGAGGUUGAAUCGGAGUAAAGAGUUUCAUAAAAAGGAUAUGGAAGCUUCAAAGAUAGAUUUAAAACUUGAGGAAAAUAGUUAA